CUUAUCAGAACCGAUAGGACAUAUUCUGACACAACCUUAAGUGAAUCGCACGUCUUUUCUAGUGUUAAUUGCACCGAUUUUCAAAAAUCACCUCUAUUAUAAUUAAAUGUUUAUUGUUGAACCGGUGAAACAAAUAAAACGCCAAAAUGAUGAUGAUGUCAUCAAUCAAAGCGUUGACACCGCGCAUGCGGUUCAACUAUUCGAAGCCGAUUAUAGACAACAUGGUUUUUAAGCUUCAUUAUAAGUUGACUGUGGUCUUGCUUCUCUGCUUCAUGAUCCUUGUCUGCGGAAGGGAGUACUUCGGAGAGCACAUCAAGUGUUUGUCCGACCAGGGCGUACCACCACAUGUCAUCCAGACCUACUGUUUCUUCAUGGCCACGUUUACUAUUGUCAGACAUUACAACGAAAGCUUACUGGAAGGUGGAUUUUUGCCGCAUCCGGGAGUCGGGCCUAUUCUUGAAUCAGACGAGACUAUCCGCCAUACUUACUACCAAUGGGUACCCUUCGUUCUGUUCAUUCAAUCUGUCUGCUUCUAUAUACCGCAUUAUAUUUGGAAGAAAAAAGAAGGAGGCAGAAUAAAAGCUUUAGUUGAGGGUCUUCAGUAUGCUAGCCUCGCUUUACACGAUACAGACAUGCAGGCUGGUAGCAUCAAUGUUCCGUCGAAGCAAACCUUAGAGAGCCGAUUGGACAUUAUCAAGAAAGAUAUUUUAUUGAGAUUAAGAAUUACAAGAACCUGGUCUCAUUGGCUGAUAUCCAUGGAGGUCCUAAAUCUUCUGCACGUGAUGUUUCAAGUAUGGAUUGUCAACAAAUUUCUUCACGGCAGUUUUAUGAGUUUGGGACUCAACGUAAUGAAUUUCAAACAUUGGGGUGAUAUGACAGAUCCAUUGGAAUUAGUUUUCCCAAAGGUAACGAAAUGUGUGUUCCACAAGUAUGGUCCCAGUGGGUCCAUUCAGCAGCAUGACGCUUUGUGUGUUAUGGCUCUUAACAUCAUCCACGAGAAGAUCUACGUCAUUCUGUGGUUCUGGUUCUUAUUCCUUUUCAUCGCGUCUUUUUUGGGUGUCGUAUGGCGGUUCGUGUCGUUCUUUAUGUUCCGUAGAUCAUUGAGAUUCAACGAAAUUGUGUUCCGGCACGUCUCGAAGAGCAAGUUUAAUCCUUAUAACGUGAUCAAUGUUGUCAACGGUUGUGAGUUUGGGGAUUGGCUGUUCCUAUAUUACCUUGCGAAGAAUAUGAAGUCUGCUACAUUCCAUGAGUUAUUCAGAAGCGUUGCUGAAGAAUUAGAAAAACGGGAUAUACCAUAUAAUAACGAAGAAGACGAUACUGUUGAGAAGGGAUCUGAACCUGUCCUACUGGGAAAGGUAGACUACGAUGAUGAGACGUUACCACUUAAAGAUAAAAAAUCAUAGACUACAAAAAACGGAACGGACGUAACACAACAUACAGAAGCCACGACAUAUAAAGUCCAACGGAACAACGGAAUAAAAUAAUAACUUUACCAAUAUUAGGUAUAGAACUGAUGAAUUUGUCGUAAAUAUUGAAAUAGGUGAUAAGUAUGAUAUUCUAAAGAUUUAAGGAUAUUUAGGUUUAAUAGCUUAGAAGUAGUGCGAGAAUGAAUUUAAAUCUAAGUGGAGUCCUGUAAAAAUAAAAUAUUUAUAUAUUUAUUAGAAAUGAUAUUACUUCUUAGACCUAGAACAGCCAAAAUUUAAUUUGACAAGUACACUUUGAGAUUUUUAAUUUUAGACCAUAUGGGACUCAUUUACAUGUGAAAAAUAUAAAUUAAAUAAUUCAGUGGCGCUACACCCUUUUGAGGUCCGGGCCUCAGAUUUCUGUAUUUGUUACUUGAUCAUCUGUCUAUUAGGCACGUAGGUGAUGAGCUUCCUGUGCCUGACAAACGCCAUCGUCUUCUAAGCCAAGCUAGUUUCGCCACGACGUUUCCCUUCCCCGUUCGAGCGAAUGUUAAAUGCGCACAUAGAAAGUGCAUUGGUUCACAGCCGGGGCUCGAACCCAGGACCUAAGGGAUGCGAGUCGCACAAUGAAGCCACAAACCCAUACUGUGAAAAAUAAUAUUUUAAAAUAUGAAUAAUAAGUUACUGUGGAAGGAAUUUUGAAUUUGCUCAAUUGUUAAUUAUACUACAUAUAUAUAUAAUAUAGCAAGACCAAAAAAACAGUUUUUAUAAUAUAGUCGGCAAAAAAGAGGCUUUUAUGCAGGUCGACUUUUUUAGUGUCUAGUCACAAUCGAAUUUAUUUAAAAACGCAAUUUAAUUGUGAUAUUACGUAAAAUGUGUAUCUAUUUAUAAUUGUUUUUUUUAUUAAUAAAGAAUUAAAAUUA